ACAGUACAGGCUUGAAAGCGACAGCUGAGUGAAACCGGCGACUUCCAACUUUAUUUGUGAGUGUCUCCUCGUCAGCCCGGUUCCUGCUCCCCUCCUUGUGUGUCACUUUUGAAGUGUUCGUUCCCGGCUCAGUUUACCGGACCGCGAGCCUUUUCCCUCGCGUAAAUAAGUUUGGACCAUCUGCUAAAUUAGCAGUGCUAACAGCGGCUAGCUUAUCUUAGCCAACUUGCUCGGCUGCUGUCAAUUCGCCCGGGAUGAGAAGGCGAAUAUCCGGCUUCUGUGAACAUUAUCCGCCGGUGUUAAUAAUUUACGGAAUUGAUGGUUGCGCAGUAAACUGAGCCGAGCAGCGGACAUCUCCACCACCAACGCCGGGGGUCAAGAUAAACUACGUAACGGUGAGGCUAACUGCGGCUAGCUAACGAGCGCAACUCCAAGCAGAAGCGAGCGUCUCAAGAGAUGGCCAGCCAUACCGAAACCGGCUUCACCUGCCGGCCCAACGGAGACGGCGCCCCGGUCCCCGUGUCCCGCUCUGGCAACACUCGCCGCCUCCGAUGCGAGUCCGACGAUACAGACAGCGGUGCCCCCACCAUGAAGAGCCUGGCGCGGCUGUGCAGCAGGGACGAGGAGGAGAGGGUAGCCGCUCUGGAGGAGCUGAGCCAGGGGGUUCUGGUGUGUCUAGGGCUGGACCGGCCCGGCUCGACACGCUUGGGCAAGGAAACGCUCCUGCAUCUGCUCCGGCUCUCGUCGUCGUGUCCGUUAGCGGAGGUGCGAGCGAGAGCGACCGAGCUGCUGCGGGCUGCUCAGGAGCAAGGACUUGAAGUUCCUCGCGCCCUGGCCUCUGGUCCCAGCGCCUUCAUUCCUGCCAAACAUAUACUGAAAGAAGGGCCCGACGAGGACAUUCUGAUUGAAUCGUUCCUUUCCCUGGGCCGCGUGGACCACGUCACCAUGGUGAUGGCGCUGCACCCCGCCUACCUCAGCUGCUUCCUGAGGACCCAGCAUGCCUUGCUGGAGCUGGACGGCCCGUUACCCCGUCACUGGAGGCAUUACAUCGCCGUCAUGGCGGCAGCCCGGCACCAUUGCUCCUACGUGGUGCAGCAGCACAGCGCCAGCUUCCUGGAGUCCGGCGGAGACGAGGGCUGGCUGAGGGGCCUGCAGCACGCCCCUGCCAAACUGCGCAGCUUGCAGCCCCUCAACAAGCUGCUGGCGCACAGACCCUGGCUCAUCACCCAGCUGCACAUCCAGGAUCUGGUGUAUCCCGGCGCCGAGCUUCGCUGGUCACUGGCCGAGCUCAUUCACGCCGUCAUCCUGAUGGCGCACGCCCACUCGCUCUGCUCCUUCGUGUGGGGCUGCGGACUCAACCCGGAGCCGGACCACGACGCGGGCCACACCUUCCAGCCACCUUCGCCUGGACACCAGACUGGCAGCCCCCACAGCCCCGCCCACGAGGACAGCCGACAAGAGCUGGUGGACGGCGCCAUGGAGGUGGAGGUGCUGAUGAAGAGGAUGGUGGAGCUGCAGCAGCAGGAAGAGGAGUACACGCAGGAGGAGAUGGUGACCCGCUUCGAGAGGGAGCGAAGCGAGAGCAUCCCGACAGGUACGUUCACGCGCGCUCUCUUCAUACUUCCCACACACUCACCCGUCACCGGCCUCUUUGCAGCGGCGGUGCGAGGGGCGCCGCCGGAGCUGCUGCUGCAUCUGGUGGAGGACCCCGAGUUCAGAUACGAGGACUUCGCCCCGAAAGGAGAGCAGGCCCCGCCCACCAUGAGAGCUCAGGACUACUCGUGGGAGGACCACGGCUUCUCGCUGGUCAACAGACUGCUGCCGGACAUGGGACAGCUCCUGGACGAGAAAUUCCAGGUGGUGAGCAACCUGACCUACCACAGGAUGGCCAUGCACGAGGGCGUGGACACUCACACUUUGAGGAAAGCCCUGUGGAACUACAUCCACUGCCUCUACGGCAUACGAUACGACGACUACGACUACGGCAGUGUGAACGUGUUGCUGGAGCGCUCUUUGAAGGUGUUUGUCAAGACCAUGGCCUGUUACCCCGAGCAAAUCACUGCACGCGUCUACCAUGCUUUCUGGAGACACUUCAGACACUCGGAGAAGAUCCACGCCAACCUCAUCGUGAUGGAGGCUCGCCUGCAGGCGGCGCUGCUGUACACCUUGCGAGCCAUCACGCACUACAUGAGAUGACCGACUGGACCAAACGAGAGGAGACGAGCACGUUGCAGAUGCUGAGCCAGCUGUGUUGUUAUUGUACCACGGCACACACCCCCCCCCCCCACCCCACCCCAAAAUCAGAACGUUUCCUGUAUAUGCAGUCAAUGCUCGU